CAGCGGCUGAGGACGCAUCAGGUGGAGACAACAACUGCAUUACGCACCAAGAAUAUAUAGAACAGUACACUCUGGGCAGCUAACUUCAAACAUAUUGACAAAAUGUCUCAUAAUAAGUAUCUUCACUUACAUUGUAUCGAAAAACAAUGAGGAACAUUGCAACAAAUUGAGAUACAAUAUUGUGUGAUGGCUGCAUUCAAGAGACUCAAGAGACCUUGAAACAAAUUAUGCUUUAAUUAUCUGAAUAGGCAAAAACGCCUGCCAGCUAGUGUCAAACGCCCCUGGAAGACAUAAGAAGGCAUUUGUGCCCCCUUCACUUACAUUUGAAAAUAUUUCAGCACUAGAAAAAGUGAUGAACUCGUCAGGUUUGGACAACCUAACCGAAUUUACACCAUGGUAUGUCAACAGAACGGAUAUCGAGGAGGAAAAUCAGAAACUUUUGUUCGGGAUUGGCAUGGACAACUUCAUUACGCUUUUGGUUUUCGGACUCAUCUUUACACUUGGAGUGUUGGGAAACUCCAUGGUUAUCACGGUGCUGGCCCAUAGUAAACCCGGAAAACCACGGAGCACCACUAACAUAUUCAUCCUCAACCUUAGCAUCGCCGACCUGUCCUACCUGCUUUUCUGCAUCCCCUUUCAGUCAACUAUUUACAUGAUGCCGACAUGGGUUCUAGGUGCCUUCAUCUGCAAGUUUAUUCAUUAUUUCUUCACCGUUUCUAUGCUGGUCAGUAUUUUCACCUUGUCCGCAAUGUCGGUGGACCGCUACAUUGCCAUUGUUCACUCCAGAAAAUCGUCCUCCAUCCGUGUGUCAAAGCACGCUUUGAUCGGAGUGGUGGUCAUUUGGAUACUCUCUUUGGCCAUGGCAGCGCCAGUCGCGGUCAUACACAACAUAUACCAGAGAGACGAGAAUCACACCUAUUGCUGGGAAGUGUGGCCGGAUCAAAACCAAAAGAAAGUCUAUGUUGUUUGCACGUUUGUUUUUGGUUAUGUAUUGCCCCUGUUGCUGAUUUCGUUCUGCUACGCAAAGGUUUUAAAUCACCUGCACAAAAAACUCAGAAACAUGUCCAAAAAGUCAGAGGCGUCAAAAAAGAAGACUGCCCAGACGGUUCUUGUAGUGGUGGUGGUGUUCUGCCUGUCAUGGCUCCCUCACCAUGUGGUCCACCUGUGGGUGGAGUUUGGCAACUUCCCCUUGACCCAGUGGUCCUUCUUGUUCCGGGUGGCGGCCCACUGCCUGGCCUAUAGCAACUCCUCCGUCAACCCUGUCAUCUAUGCCUUCCUCUCGGAGAACUUCAGAAAGGCCUACAAGCAGGUGUUCAGGUGUCAGAUUACCAACUCCCCUCUCAACGAACUCAAGGAGUUCCGCAGCAAGGUGGACAACACACCACCCUCCACCAACUGCACCAACGUCUGAUUGGAGGACACCGAGUGCCAGCUCAACUACGGCCAUGAUGAUUGGUUGUUUUCAAGGGGCCUUCUGAGACAUAUAAUGUUAUGAGAUUCCAUGUUUCGAUUCAGAGAUUGUAUGAAGACAAUAUGAAGAAAACUGGAUAUGCACUCAAGCUACAUAGGUCCACAUCAACGCUGUUCCGUCAUCAGAAUAACGCUACGCCAGACGAUGUGCCAUACUGGACAUACGAUCAUAUGUGUAGUGAGCAUCUCUCUUCCUUUCUCUUGCUCCCUCCCUCUCUCUCUCUCUUGCUUUCUCUCUCGUUCUCUCUGUCAUUAUCACAGGAAGAUUGCUGAGUCUGACUCUCAGGAAUGGAAAGAAUGUGGACUUUGAUAUUUCACUGACCCUCUUCGUAUAAAUCUAAACUGUGAACGUUUGGUAAUUUGCCUUCUUAUAUGUGCAGAUAUUUUGUGCAUGUGCAUAUUGUUGGUCCAUCUUAACGCUAUAUUUAGGCUGUCUUAAGUAGCUAUUGAAAUUAGCGUCUAUAAUAUAGCUUCACUCUACACAUUAAAACCUGAGGUUACUGCUGUGUAUUGUACAUAGUAUCCUAUCAUGGAGUAGUUUUGAAAUGUUAAGCUAUUGCUCUAUUAGAUAUUGCUCAGAAUAUAAAAAAUGCACACAGUGUAAUUUUCUCUUUAAAGUUUAAUAUUUUUUGAAGAGAAAGUUUUUUGUUGUUUGAUUGUAAUGGCCAAUUAUCUUGUUGUGAGUUGCCAAUGUGUAUACAAGGGAAAUGUUGUCCGUAUAACUUAAACCUGUCUUGCCAUCUGUAAUAGAGAGUUUUCAAUGGAGAAAAAACACAUGUUGGGACUUUUAAUGAUAUAAACUAUUUAAAAAUACUAUAAUGUGUAGUCAAUAUAAGCCUACUUUAUCUUAUUUAUUAAAUUGGUGUAUGAUAUGGAAAGCUUAA